CUCUCUCUCUCUCUCAAGCGAAUUCUCCUCUCUGCUUAUAGAUCGCCAGAGCGAAGAAUCGCUGUCAUGUUUCAUGAUCUCCUCCAAUUCCAUAGCUUCUUAUAGCUUCUACAUAGAUUUCAUAAUGCUUCGUUCUUAAAUGAUCAUUUCUAGGGUUUUCUAGUCACUUUGCCAAUCAAUCGCUUUAUCCCGUCGACUGUGUUUACUUCUGCAAUUUCAGUUUACGUUUCCUUUGCUGUGCGGUGCGAGUCUAUGGCCUAUUACCCAAAGGUACCUGGUUCGACAUCGGGAUCGGGAUCGAGCUCAAGCCCUCGGCUUCAUUUCUUGAACUCUUCCUUCGGCGAUACCACCUAUACGAAGGUCUUCGUCGGCGGCUUGGCGUGGGAGACGCAGAGCGAGACGCUGCAGCUCUAUUUCGAGCAAUUCGGGGAGAUUCUUGAGGCCGUCGUUAUCUCUGAUAAGUACACCGGGAGGUCGAAGGGAUAUGGUUUUGUGACAUUUCGGUUCCCUGAUGCCGCAACUAGGGCUUGUGCAAACCCUAAUCCUGUUAUAGAUGGAAGGCGAGCUAACUGUAAUUUGGCUUCAUUUGGUCGGCUUCAACCAGCUCCACCUCAUGUAGCACACCCAAGGUCCUUUGGCCCUUACAUAGGAGGUGUUUCUAUUCCAAGAAGUUAUGUUGGAGGAUCCACCUACCACCAACCACUUCCUUACAACUACCAGCAAGCUAUUGCAUAUUCUCCAUAUGGGUACCCAGCAUAUGGGCCAGAAUAUGUUUAUCCACAGAACGUUUAUAGUCCAUAUGGAGCCCAGCAAUAUGUACAAGUUUUUGGCGUUCCUGGAGCACCAAAUACAGCUAUUUACCCUUAUGGGCAGUUUGGUCAGCCAAUUCCCACUGGCCAAGGUUUUGCAGCUGUGCAGGGCUAUGCAAUUCCUAGCCAUCAUCUUUUGCAGCCCGGAGGACCUAACAUAAAUGGAGUUGCUGCUCCAGCCCGGCCUGUAAUUCAAGCACCAUUUGCAGGGGUUGCAGCACCUGUUUCAGUUCAGCCACAGUUUAUUCUUCCUGCUCAGUCACCACAACUCAGUGAAGGAAAUGGAUCAAAUCAAAAACCCUAGCUAGAGGAUCAGUUGGUGAACAAUACCCAAAGAUGUACAUCAUUGGAGCAGGACAAAGAAUCGCAGCUUCACUUGCUGAGUCACAUACCUUUCUUGCUUUGCAAUCUAGCAUAUUUGAUUUCUAGAGGUUUUACUUCUCAUGUUCACCAUAGUUCCUUCAUAAUGUUCAGUUUCUGCUCCAAUGGAUGGGGUUCAGAAUGCUCUGUAGCAGAAUGUUUCUUCUGCUCCACUGCUGUUUAUGUCCUUGUAAAAAUUCCUGCCCUGCUGUAAGUAAUACAGAGCAGUGGAGCUUGGACUGAUGAUGCAUGCAUAUAUGGGAGAAUAUAAUGCAUUUGUUUAUAGCUUAAAAAGUGAUUCUUUACACCUCCAUUUGAUCUCAUCUGGCUGUAUAUAUAUAUAAUCUAUUUGAUAUUUAUUCUAUUUAUUUUUAUUUUUCUUCAUUACCAAAGUCUCAAUGUAAAAUGGUACCAAUUGAAUUGGUGCUGUGUGUGGACUCCAAUUGUGUCACUUUGUAUUUGUUCAUUGUUAUAUAUGAAAUAUCUUUCUCC